AUGAAAAUAAAACUAACCGAAGACGGUGUUGUGUGGGUUCAUGGCGACCUGAUUCUUGGCGGCAUCUCCAAUCAGACGCUCGGAGUCGGUGAAAGCGACGUACGAUGGAGUGGUUCUGUUUCCUUGGUCGUUGGCAAUGAUCUCGACCUUUCCGUGCUGGAAGACUCCAACGCAGGAGUAGGUGGUUCCGAGAUCGAUUCCAACUGCGUUGUGCUUGCUCAUUUUACUGAAAGAAAAUGA